ACGCGUGCGCGGCAAGAAAUGAGCCGUGAGACUGCCACAGCAUUACCAACUGGUACCUCCACGUGUCCACCAUCGCGGAGGACGUCUGUAUCCAACAGUGACUUGGCGAGUCUUUUUGAGUGUCCGGUUUGCUUUGACUAUGUGUUACCACCCAUUCUUCAGUGUCAGAGUGGCCAUCUUGUUUGCAGCAACUGUCGCCCGAAACUCUUACGUUGUCCGACUUGUCGGGGGCCGUUGGGAUCCAUUCGCAACUUGGCGAUGGAGAAGGUGGCUAAUUUAGUACUUUUUCCUUGUAAAUAUGCCUCUUCUGGAUGUGAAAUAAGUCUGCCACACACAGAGAAAGCUGACCACGAGGAGCUGUGUGCGUUUCGGCCUUAUUUCUGCCCGUGCCCUGGUGCUUCCUGUAAAUGGCAAGGCCCUUUGGAUGCCGUGAGGCCACAUCUGUUGCAGCAACACAAGUCCAUUACAACCCUACAUGCAGAGGAUAUAAUUUUCCUUGCUACAGACAUUGACCUUCCUGGUGCUAUUGACUGGGUGAUGAUGCAGUCCUGUUUUGGCUUUCACUUCUUGCUAGUCUUGGAGAAACAGGAAAAAUACGACGGUCACGAGCAGUUCUUCGCAGUCGUCCAGCUGAUAGGAACACCCCAGCAGGCUGAAAAGUUUGCUUAUCGACUUGAGCUAAGUGGUCCUAGGCGGCGACUGACUUGGGAAGCGACUCCUGGGUCUAUUCAUGAGGAAGUUGCAACAGCCAUUAUGAAUAGUGACUGCCUAGUCUUUGACACCAGCAUUGCACAGCUUUUUGCAGAAAACGGUAAUCUAGCCAUCAACGUAACUAUUUCCAUGUGUUGAAUUGGCAUUUUCUGGCCAGUGUUUAAUUUCACAGACAAUAAGACACCCAUCUGCCUGCUAACCUGAAACUCUUGGUAGGUAGAAGGUCUGCACAUGAAGGUAAUUAAGAAGAAAGGCUGUAAAAUACAGGAAACAGUUGCAUGUGGUAACAUUAAUAUAUUUAAAAAUAAGUCAACAGUAAACCACUG